AUGGCCACCAGGGCUCAUAUGACCAGCAGUCGGGCUAUAGCCACCAGAGCUCAUAUGACCAAAAAUCAGGCUAAUAACCAGCACCAAAGCUCAUAUGGCCAUUCUCAGCAGUCCUACCAGUCUCAGAAGGAAGCUAUAGCCACAACAGCCAAGAUGAUCGCCGUGAAAAGAGUAGGUAUGGAGAAGAUAAUAGAGGAUAUGGUGGGUCACAGGGAGGAGGUAGAGGGGGCUAUGACAUGGAUGGAAGAGGUCAUAUGUCUGGAUAAUGGUGGUGGUGACCGUGGUGGCUUCAAAAAUUAUGGUGGUCAAAGGGAUUAUGGACCGAGAUCAGAUGCUGAUUCAGAGUCUGACAACUCUGAUAACAACACCAUCUUCGUGCAAGGACUUGGAGAGGAUGUUUCAACAGAUCAAGUGGCAGACUAUUUCAAACAAAUUGGUAUUAUAAAGACCAACAAAAAGACUGGCAAACCUAUGAUAAAUCUCUACACAGACAAGGAUACUGGCAAACCAAAGGGAGAAGCAACAGUAUCUUUUGAUGAUCCUCCUUCUGCUAAAGCAGCCAUUGACUGGUUUGAUGGAAAAGAAUUCAAUGGCAAUGUUAUCAAGGUUACUUUUGCAACUAGAAGGCCUGAAUUCAUGAGAGGAGGUGGAGGUGGUGGACGUCGAGGUUCACGAGGUGGAUAUGGAAGAGGUGGGGGCUUCCAGGGGAGAAGUGGGGAACCCAAAAACGGUGACUGGGUUUGUCCUAACCCGGCCUGUGGUAAUAUGAACUUCGCUCGCAGGAAUUCCUGCAACCAGUGUGGUGAGCCCAGACCAGAAGAUUCACGUCCAUCAGGAGACUUCCGUGGGAGAGGUGGCUAUGGAGGAGAAAGAGGCUACCGAGGCCGUGGUGGCAGAGGCGGCGAUCGGGGAGGUGGCUACGGUGGCAAAAUGGGAGGAAGAAACGAUUUCAGAAACGAUCAACGCAACAGACCAUACUGAAGACCACUGUGAAUGUUUUGUUUGUUGUCUUGAUGAGUUUGAUAGUGAACUUGCCCGAGUUUUGCCUGCCGCUUCACCCAUGGCCUCUUUGGAUAGUGGAAUUGAGUGAAACUAGAUUUUUAUUUUGGUGGGAGGGACUGGGGCAGUUUGGGAGGAUUUUUUUUAAGCAAGACAUUGAAAUUUAAUCUUGAUUUCCACAUUCUUCUCUUUUCUUCCCCCCCUCCCUUUCCCCCAUACCUUUUCAACAGGCCCUACGAAGGAAAAGGAUAAACUGUAAAAUAUUGCCAAAAUAUGAAGUGUUUUGUAAUACAACAAUAAAUGCUGAUUGUUUUAUUUGUGAAA